GUAGGGGGCUGUCUUGAGACAGGGAGUUCCAAAGGACAACAAAGAACUAUUGCAGGAGCUGAUCUCCAUGAGAAGGAGGCAUGCAGACUUCUUCAUCCCUGCUCCUCCGGUGCCUUCUGGGAUUUGUCAGUUACGUCCUCCCAGCCUUUGCUUCAUGGACUGUCACAUACCCCGAACGUCUGUCGAGUGUCAAAGAUUCCUGUGUGCUGAUCCCUUGCACCUUCAGCUAUCCCAGAGAUGUGGUCAUCUCACAGGGCAUCAUAGCCAUCUGGUACAGAGAUCAUUCCAACCAGCGCACUGUGGUCUACCAUUCAGCAACGCCCAAUACCAUAGAUGCCCAAUUUCGAGACCGUGCAGAACUGAUCGGUGACCUUCUCACAAAGAACUGCACCCUGCUCCUGAGAAGACUGGCUACUGAAGACAGUGGCUCGUACAGCUUCCGGUUUGAAAUCAGUGAGAGAAAUCGCUGGACAGCUCAGAGAGCGGUUCAGCUGACCAUCACUGAGGCUCCUGCCGUUCCCACCAUCACUGCCCCAGAAAACCUGCGCGAGGGGAUGCCAGUGACAUUCAACUGCACCAGUCCAUACGUCUGUCCCUACGGCAGCUUCUCCCUGCGAUGGACAGGCUACAACACAGAGGUCUGGCAUGUGUCCGGGAGGGUUCAGCUGGACACUGCCGGUGCGCUCAGGAAGCAGACGCUCAGCGCUUCGCUUUCCUGGCAGGAUCACAACCGGAAGAUGAGCUGCGAGUUGACUGUUGGGAGCAAGGUAGCAGCCAGCCAAGUUACACUCCGUGUGAAACAUUCCCCCAAAGGGGUCAAAGCCUCCUUGAGCCCGUCCUCCAAGAACAUCCGGGUGGGGGAAGCCGCCUCUCUGACAUGCAGCGUCACCAGCAGCUACCCAGCCAUCACGGCUUACCGGUGGCAGAAAGAUGGGGUGGCCAGUGGAAACAGGGCCCUGAAAACCAUCCCGAGUGUUGCCCGUGAGGAUUAUGGCCUGUACCACUGCGAGGCAGAAAAUUCUGUUGGGGCUGGAGUGUCGGGAGGAGUGAUGCUCUAUGUUUUCUCUGCUGUGUUGUCAGUGAGUCCUUCUUCGAGCAUAAUGGAAGGCGAGACUGUCACGUUGACCUGCGACAUUCCUGGGGAAGACAAGCAAGAGAUCCACUACAGCUGGUACAAGAACAACAUCUGGAUCAAGGAAGGCACAGUCCGGAGUCUGGUGUUUCACCAGGUUGCUUUUGGAGACACUGGAUAUUACGCGUGCAAGGUGCAGAAUGACAAAGGGAGCGAGAUGUCCCAAACGAUUGGCCUGACUGUCUUCUAUCCUCCGAGGACUCCCUUGCUCAGCUUGUUCCAGGAGACCCAGGAAGGAAGGCUGGCCUUGGUUUCCUGCACUGUGGACAGCAACCCUCAGUCUGUCCUGAGUCUUUACCGGGACCAGGAGCUCCUGGCGACCACCAGCUCGCAAGCAGCCCCCAGCCAGAGGAUCAGCAUCAGCACCACCCGCAAUGCCUUGAAGCUGGAGAUCCAGAAGGUCAUCCCAGAAGACGAGGGCGAAUAUCAAUGUGUCGCAACCAACACCUAUGGGAAUGCCACCACCGUGAGAUUCUUCGGGGCCCAAACGGCCAGAGUCGUGGUCAGCCCCUCCACCGAGAUAUCUGAAGGCCAGCGAGUCACCCUGACCUGUGUGGCCACCUUGGGGCCCGAAGAAGGGACCACUUAUACUUGGUACAAGGAUGCCAAGUGGCUACAAGAUGGAAAGGAGGAUGUCCUGGUCUUCCCAGCCGUGGCCAGUAGAGAUGCUGGGACAUUUUCCUGCCUGGCCCACAACCAGGAGGGCAGCCACAGAUCGCCAGCCGUCACUCUGCAUGUGCUCUACCCCCCGACGCUUCCUGUGAUGAGCUCCUUCCUCGAGACGCAGGGAGGGCAGCUGGGCAUCCUCCAGUGCACAGUGGACAGCGAGCCGCCUUCGGAGGUCGCGGUGUACAAAGGAGAGCUGCUCCUCGGCUCCACCAGCAAGGCCGGCUCCCCAGCUCUCCCCAGGGUGAGCCUGACCUCCGCGCACAACACGCUGAAGGUCACCAUCAAGGACGUGAUGCUGGAGGACGAAGGGCAGUACGUGUGCUCCGCCCAGAACCGCUUCGGAGAGUCCAGCUCCACCCUGGACUUCACUGCGGAGACUGCAAGAAUAACCAUCACACCAUCCCCAGAGGUGCGCGAGGGUGAGACCGUCCGGCUGUCCUGUACAGUAAGCGGCAAUUCCUCAGCCCUGGCCAACUACACCUGGUCCAGAAAUGGUCUCCAGCUCCCCGAGGCGCCUGGGAAUUCCCUGGAGAUCCCGCACGUGGCAAGAGGAGAUGCCGGCUCUUAUUCCUGCCGGGUAGAGAAUCCGCCAGCCAGCAGAAGCUCCACUCCCGUGGCCCUGUCUGUGCUGUAUCCUCCUGGGACUCCUCAGGCGGCCGUCUUCAUGGAGACGGAGCGAGGCAGGGUGGCCCUCUUCCAGUGCUCAGUGGACAGCAACCCGCCUUCCAAGCUAGUUCUGUAUAAAGGGGGGGAGGUCAUCGCCUCCAGUGGCUCGGAGAGCAGCGUAGCCCCCCAGAGGGUCAGCGUCACCACGGCCCACAAUGCCAUGAGAGUGGAGCUGAGAGGCAUUGUGCCGGAGGACGGGGGCAGCUACAACGUCACGGCUGCCAACCCAUAUGGCUCCAGCUCCAGGCUGCUGUUUUUCCGCGUACAGACAGCCCGAGUUCUGGUCACGCCAUCCCCAGAGCUGCUGGAAGGAGAUCCUGUCACCCUCACCUGUGAUCUGAUGGGAAGUGCUGUGGACGACUCCACCUUCUCCUGGUACAGAAACAGCAAGCACCUCCCGGAGAGGAAUGCCAAGGAGCUCACCUUCCUACGAAUAACCAGCGGGGAUGCCGGAUACUACCACUGCAAGGCCCACACCCCGGAGGAGACCGCCAUCAGUGUCUCCCCAGCGGUCAGCAUAAUUGUCUUUUACCCACCUCGGAAGCCUCAGCUGGCCUCUUUCCUUCAGACCCAGGAGGGGCAGGUGGCCCUUAUCCACUGCACCGUCGACAGUGAUCCCCAGUCCCAACUGGCCAUGUACAGAGGUGGGGCGCUCUGGGCUUCAAGUGCUGGCUCCAGCGCCUCCCACGACCAGCGGCUCAGCAUCUCCGCCGCAUACAACAGCCUGAGAGUGGAGAUCCGGGAUGUGCUGAUGGAGGACGAAGGGGAGUACCUGUGCUCCGCCAGCAACCUGUAUGGCAACGCAAGCUCCUCGGUGACUUUCACCGCAGACCCUGCACGGAUCUGGAUUUCUCCUCCGGAUGUCCUCGAAGGGCUCUCGGUGAACUUGACCUGUGCCGUUGACAGUGAUGCAUCCAGCCAGCCCCACUAUACCUGGUAUAAGGACAGCCGGUGGCAGGCAGAGGGCCCAUCCAAGACCCUGUCGCUUCCCAGCGUCACGACUGCUGAUGGGGGAGCCUAUUACUGCACAGUGAAGACUCCGCACAGGACUCGGAACUCCUCCUUGGGCACGCUCAAUGUCCUUUAUCCACCCAGGAAUGCUUGGAUGAAGUCAUUCUUGGAGACUUCGCAAGGGAAGCUGGCCAUCCUCGUGUGCUCCGUGGACAGUAACCCCCCGUCAGAACUCUCCCUCCGCCGAGGCAACCAAGUCCUCGCCGCCAGCUCCUCCCGGGUCAGUGGGGUGCCAGACCCCAGGCUCAGCGUUGCUUCCUCUCCAAACUCCUUGAGACUGGAGAUCCGAGAUGUCCACUUGGACGAUGAAGGGCUCUAUGAAUGCCUGGUUAGCAACACUGUCGGCACGACCAGCGUUUCCCUCGACUUCACCGUGGAAACAACAAGAGUUGUGAUCAAGCCAGUCCCAGACGUCCGCGAAGGGGAUCCUGUCUCCCUCACCUGUGAAGAUGCAGCCUCCCCGACAAAUGCCAUCUAUGCCUGGUCCAAGAACUCCAGAUGGCUGGCCGAGGGCCCUGCUGCCUCCCUUGUGUUCCAGUCGGUGGCCUCCAGUGACAUGGGCUCCUACUCCUGCCAAGUGCAUGAUGAGAGGGGCACCAGGAAGUCCCCACCUGUGGUCCUGCAGGUCCUCUAUGCUCCAAAGAAGCCCUCCUUGACCUCCUUCCGGGAGACACAAUCGGGGAACCGGGCCAUCAUGCAGUGCACCGUUGAGAGCAACCCACUGUCUGACAUUGCCCUGUACAGAGGGAGUGAGAUGGUGGCUUCCAGCAGGAGCUCUGGGCAUUUGCCUGCCCCACGGCUCCAUGUCCACUCAGCCCCCAACGCCCUGAAGGUGGAGAUCAUGGAGAUCCUCUUGGAAGAUGAAGGGCAGUACCUCUGCUCCGCUAACAAUACUUAUGGGGCCUCCACAACUUCCACACACUUCAGUGUGGACAGUGCAAAGAUCACAGUCAACCCCUCACCAGAUAUCCGGGAAGGAGGCAGGGCCAACUUAACCUGUGUGGUUGCCAGCCAGGCCCUGGGGGACAUGAACUACACCUGGUAUAAGAACAGCAGGUGGCUGCAAGAAGGCCCCGAGCCCUCCCUCCUCCUGGGCGGCGUCGCCAGAGAUGAUGCUGGCUCUUACCACUGCCAGGCGACAGGGAUGAGGGGAAGCCUGACCUCCGCCCUGGUCAUCCUGAACGUGCUUUAUGCACCCAAGAGUCCCUCCGUGAGCGCCUUCCUGGACAACCAGCAUGGGAAGGUGGGCAUCCUCCACUGCCAGGUGGACAGCCACCCACGAGCCCAGCUGGCCUUCUUCAAAGGGGCUCAACUCGUGGCUGACCCCCAGAGUUGCUGCUCUGCAGCCGCUCAGCACGUCUUGGCCUUCCCGUCCUACAACAGCCUGAGGCUGGAGAUUCGAGACGUCACAGCCGAGGACUCGGGGCGCUACACCUGCCUGGCCAGCAACUCGCUUGGCAACGCGACAGGGACUGUGGACUUAAGUGCAGAGACCCUCUCUGACCUCCACUUAUUCAAGAUCCUGGCUAUGAUAUUCAUCGCUGUGACCGGUGUUGCUGUCCUGGGUGGCCUGGUCCUUGGAGUGCAACGGAGCUGGCCCAGGAUCAAUGAAGAGUGGAAGAAGUGGAAGCCUCGGAAAGCCAAGCAGGCAGCAUCAGUGGAGGUGGAAAACAAGGAAGAGAUGGCCCAGCUGAAUGAGGAAAAUCCUGGCACUCCUCCCUCUGGAAGACUCUGCCUCUCCUACAAAAGGCUGAGAGCAAAGGCGGAAGCUACUCCCAAAGAAACCCCGCCUGAACAGAGCUGCACCAGUGUCUUGUGAGGGAUGGAAGAAGCAAGGCUGCCGCAGAAGCUGCCAGUUAGACACCAGAGGAAGACGCUGCAGAUCGCUUGGGAUUUCUUUCUAGAAGCGGGAAGGCAGCUGGAAGGCAGCUGGAAGGCAUUAGUUUGCCCCACCCUUGACUUAAUUGCGUCCUGAAAGGACCUGCAUCUUUUCCCUGGCACACACCCCAUUUUUCAGAGAGCUUCAGGUAUUCAACAGUUCACAAUAUUUCAGAUUCAUAUUCAAAUAAUUUAAACAU